UUCUCCAGUUGCCCUCUGAUUUAAGCCUUUCAGGCCUUGAAGCUGGUGGAAUUGAGGAACUUUCUGAGAGCAAGAUGGCUCUCGAGAGCGUGUGGGCUCCACAGACAGCAAUCAUAGGCGAUGGGCCUUCUAAGAAAGUAGGUGAACAGUACUCCCUGCAGACACAGGUCCUCCAGACUGCCUCCUUAAAGGAAGGCCCAGCAAAACGGGCGGUGUGGGUUCGCCAUAACCGUUCGGAGCCAGAAGAACCUACUACAUCAACAGGGGUCAAGGAGAUGCCCAAGUUAGCAGUGACCAAAGCAGUGGUCGUGGACCUUGGCACUGGCUACUGUAAGUGUGGCUUUGCUGGGCUGCCAAAGCCCACCCACAGGAUCUCAUCCACAGUGGGCAAGCCCUACAUGGAGACCGCCAAAACUGGGGACAAUCGCAAGGAGACAUUCGUGGGGCAUGAGCUUGUCAGCCCAGAUGUUCGUCUCAAGUUAAUUAAUCCUCUGCGACAUGGCAUCAUCGUGGACUGGGAUUCAGUGCAGGAUAUCUGGGACUAUCUCUUCCAUCAAGAGAUGCAGAUUGCCCCUGAGGAGCACGCGGUCUUGGUUUCAGACCCACCCCUGAGCCCACACACCAACAGGGAGAAGUAUGCUGAAAUGCUGUUUGAAACCUUCAGAACUCCCGCGAUGCACAUCGCCUACCAGUCCCGCCUGUCCAUGUACUCCUACGGAAGGACCUCCGGCCUCGUCGUGGAGGUCGGCCAUGGUGUGUCCUAUGUAGUCCCCAUCUACGAGGGUUAUCCUUUGCCCAGCAUCACCGGACGGCUGGACUAUGCAGGUUCUGACCUGACAGCCUACUUGAUGGCCCUGAUGAACAACUCAGGGAAAUGCUUCACUGAGGACCAGCUGGGCAUUGUGGAGGACAUCAAGAAGAAAUGCUGCUUCGUGGCCCUGGACCCCAUUGAAGAGAAGAAAGUCCCAACUACUGAGCAUGCGAUCCAGUACACCCUGCCGGAUGGGCAGCAGAUAUACCUAUGCCAGGAAAGGUUCCUCUGCUCAGAGAUGUUCUUCAAGCCUUCUCUGAUCAAGUCCAUGCAGCUGGGCCUCCACACCCAGACAGUGUCCUGCCUGAACAAGUGUGACGUUGCCCUCAAACGGGACCUCAUGGGGAACAUCCUGCUCUGCGGGGGGACAACUAUGCUCAGCGGCUUCCCCAACCGUCUGCAGAAGGAGCUAAGCAGCAUGUGUCCCAAUGACACCCCUCAGGUAAACGUGUUGCCUGAAAGAGAUACGGCAGUGUGGACAGGUGGCUCCAUCCUGGCAUCACUUCAGGGCUUCCAACCACUGUGGGUCCACCGCUCUGAGUACGAGGAACACGGGCCUUUCUUCCUCUACAGAAGGUGCUUCUGAACUCCAAUAAAGCAUGGUCACUGUGGUUGCCAUGCAUCAGCUUUGCUGGGUGAGCACCCGUCCCAAAACACAGGGAGCUAAAACAGCAUGUUCACUCCUACAGUAUUAAACGAUCCUCAUGUUUCCCUCCA